AUGACCUCUGAUGGAAAGAUUUUGGAGCAGCCAGUGCCGGCCCCAGAGGACAACGUGAAGCCUCUCAAUUACCGAGAACAGUUCUCAGGGCGACAUGUCUCCUCAAAGUUCAUCGACCCUUGCGCUGCGGCUUCAAAGGCUUCCAUGGAUUGUUUGAACCGAAAUAACUACGAUAGGGAUGCGUGUCUCGAUUAUUUUCAGGCUUAUAGGGAUUGCAAGAACUCAUGGAUCCAGCAAAGAAAGGAUGAUCGUCGUGCUGGGAGGCCAACAACUUGA